AUGGAAUCAGACGGUGAGACUAACAUUUCGGAAAUAAAUCCUAUCCUUGACCUUUCAGAUACGGAAUUUGAACGAGAUGGGUACAAAGAAAUGAACGAAAUAGAACAAACUCUGAAGAUAGCAAGAAGUAGCUUCGCCUCAGAAAAUUUUAUCCCGGAUAUAAAAGAUCAUAAUUCUGGGAAUCCGUCCAAGAGCCCUUUUAACUCUAGCAAAACUAAGAAUGAACUCUUUUCAAUGAAGAGAAAACUAGACAAGAUACAGAACGAUAUUGCAAGAAAUUCUGACAAAAGAUCUUCUAGGAACAAAGGGGACAAACAGCUACUCACAAGAUUGCAAAUCCUGAAAGACGAUUUUGAAGACAUAAUUUCUUUAUAUGAUCCAAACCAAUAUUCUGACAAAGAGGAAACUUCUGCAGUGUCUGAGCCAAAGAGACAAGAAAAUAUUGCCUUCAACUACAAUAUCAAGGUGGAGAACAACACAAAAAUCUAUACAAUUGGAAAUUAUGAUUCAGAUAAUGAAAACAACGAAGGAACUCCAAAAUUGCAUAUAAACAUUGACGAUAUCGAAUCAGAUAAUCAAAAUUCUGGCAGGGAUAGGUACAAUAAACCAACCUCUAUUUCAGCCAAGAAAAGUACUCAAAAGAAACUAUUGAUCAACACAUUUCAAGAGACUAAGAAUAGAAGGCUCAAGAAGCACAGAGUAAAUAGCCGGAACACUUUGAACAAGAAGCAAAUCUUCACAGAAAAAGCCUCAAAGAAUCCUUCUGCUAAAAUGUGACAGCAUUACAGAGUGGUAGAUCUCAGCAAUUCUGAAGAAAAGAAGAAGGCCUCUAGAAAAAGAAAAGUCAAUUCAAGAUCCUUGAGUAAGAAUAGCUAUUUCACAAACCUUCAACAAAAGUACCAAGGAAAGAAUAAAUCUACUCUUAAAAAUACUGCAAGGGUAAGGAAGAUCCCUAUGAAAUCUGAGAAGGAUCUUCAUCAUCAAGGGCUUGAUUUUGCGACAAAAAGGUUCAAUUACAAGAAGUCUAAAAUUCUCGAAAACAAUAAGAGAGCACCCCAAAGUCCAAAGAAUACUGCAAAGAUAAAUAGAAGGAAGAGAAGUCCUAGACUUGUAGAUAUUAGAGCAAAAAGGACUGAUAGCGGUUCUAAAAUUCCACGUUUAAAUUUAUUUAACAAGAGAAAUACUACCAAAGCAUUCAGCUCUAGUGCUAAGAAAGCUAUUUCUUCAAUUAACAAGACCUUCAACAGGAAGAAGUCACCGAUAAGGAAUUUAAAAUAUUUGACAGACACUAACACAAAUUCCAUUCUGAGAUCUGAGACUAAAUCGCACUCAAAGGCUGCUAGGAAUGCCUUUAAGCAAAACACAAAGGGUUUGAAAACUCAGAGACCUGUAAAGAAGAUCAAUGUAGACUUAGAACUAAUGCCCCAGCUUCUAACAUACGAAGGAGAGGAUAAAGAGGAAUUAGAUAUGGAUCAAGUGCUCAAUAUUUCUCAAAGUUCAACUACUGAAUUCAAUGUUCUUAGUUCAAGUUCCGAGGGUCCAAAUAAUAUAGUAGAAGAGAAACCAGCAGUUGAUCCUUUACACAACUUACAGAAGAAAAUGGUAAAGAGAAUUAAUUUCUUGUUCGACUAGAUAUUUUCUCUGUCCAUUUUCCUACCCAAUGAGACCAAUAAUAAAUCAAU